AUGGCGGACAAAGGACUGGGCCUGAAAGGGGGACAAGGCGGUUCUGGUCGCGGAGGAGGUUCCAAUGAAGGAAACGACUCCGGCAGCGAUACCAAUCAUGGAGUCGGUAACGACGACGAAGAUGAAUCCAGCAGCUCGCAAAGUCGGAAGUCCGAUGACGAGGAUAGGAAACCCAACAAACAAGAAGUGCAAAAGGCCAAACGUUUACUUUGGGAGCGCAAGACACCUGUCAAUGGUCAGUCUAGUUCAGCACGGUCCCGUACAGGGGAUGCAGAGAAUAUGAUUGAAGGCCAGGGAAAGAGCUAUAGGGCCCAUACCAGGCGCGCUUUCAAAACGAUGUCGAGAAAGACGGCAGAUUUGAUUGCUAAGGGCAAGGCGAAAGUGAAUGGUCAUGUUUGA